AUGUCUGAAAAUAAUUCAAGUGUUAAUGAGGAAACAAAGAAUGUUAUUAAAGGAGUUGCACCACCUGAACCAAAACUAUUAGGUACUUAUAUUAAUAUGGUACCUAUUUCAGAAUCAGAUACAUCAAAGUUAGUAAACCAUAAGUUGUUAGAUGGACAGAUACUUGGAGCCGGUAUGAUGCCUGAGAAUGUUCAAGUGGGGAAAACAGGAAAUUGUGCCACUACCACAAACAUCCCCACAUCACAAUUCCCGAUGUCUGCAAUGAAUAUGGAGCAACUGCAACAGUUUAUGAUGAGGAUGCAAAUAAAUACUGCAAAAGACCAAACUGCUGUCGCUGCAGCAAAUCCAAGUCUUGGACUUGGAUUAAGCUCUGGAAUUCCAGCUCAAACUUUGGGAGCAGCUUUAAAUGUGAAUAAUAUGAUUCCAAGUUCUACAACUUCAAGCUAUAAUAUUCCCCCCGUUGGGGCCUUAGAUCCAAAUAUUCUUGCUUCUUUAGGCUUGAACGUUCAAAAACCAACUUUACAGCCAAUUCAGUUCCCUAAUAUGCAGGCGGGUGUACCAAACUUGUGUGGCAUUCAAGGACAAGAUAUGAACUUGGCCACUUGGAUGCAAAAGCAAAAAAUUGCUUUGGCUCUAUCUGAACUUCAAAAUAAUACUCAGCCUACCUCUGGUGAUAAUUCAGUUGAAAACAAAUCUUCUUCGCCUCCCAAUUCUCUUGCUGCUCCACAAAAUCCGGUUCAGCCCACCAAUACUAAUUCCCUGGGAUCUUUUGCUGGUAUUUCAGAAAUCCCAGGAGUAACAGGAGUCCCAGGUAGCGCUUUGAUAACCGGGGCUACUCCAGCUACGCAGUCCCAGCUAACUCCUCAGCUUGCUGCAUUUUUGGGUAACCCCAAUUUGAUUCCCUCAAAAGAUGCAGGUCUUUCUCAGACCACUGCCCAGAUCUCGACUGCAGGAAUGAACAUCCCAGGAAUGAACCUUGGAGUUGGAACAGCUCCUAAUAUGGGAAAUGUUGUUGCGCCUGAAUCCAUUGUACCAAAUAUGUUCCAGCCGACCACUGACAUGUCAAAGAUUGAAGCAAUGAUUAAACAGCAACAACAACAGUUUAUUAGUAACCAACUAAAUGCAGCAGCUCAAUUAUUAAGGCAACAUGGAAUUCAAGCAACAGUAGGUACCGAACCAUUAAACAAUAAUUCUGAAAUUGAUAUAAGCAAGAGCAAGAAACCAGCUCUUCUGCAAAAAAUAGUUGCUAGCAAGAUUAAUCCUAAGAUCUUUAUUGUCCCAAAUGCACUAAACCAAGAUGAAUGUGAUGAGAUUAUUUCCCUUAUUCAAAAUAGACUUGAAGACUCCAAAAUAUCAAUUUCUAGGAAGGAAAACAAUAAAUCAGAUAAUGAAGAAACCGAAGGUGAAAAGGAAAUUAAUAAUGAAUCACCAAGUAAUAAAACAGAUACCCAGGAGAAGGUAAAAGAUGAAGAAAAAACCCAAAACCAAGAUGAGGACGAGGACUUUUGCAGGUCAGCAACUGCCUGUAUCCAACCAGAAGAGACUCCUCUAAUUAGAGAAAUUGAAAAUCGACUUGGACUUUUAGUAGAAUCAAGUAAUCUCCACAUGGAACCAAUUCUAGUACACAGAUACUCUACUAAUGAUUAUAUUAAAGAACAUCAUGAUGGGGAUACUAGAACUUAUACGAUUUCAGUUUUUCUUUCUGAUGUUGAAAAUGGAGGAGAAUUAGACUUUCCUUACGCUGGAAUCAAAGUCAAACCUAAGAAAGGUCUCGCAGUUGUCUGGCCAAAUAUUGAUUCUCAAGGUAAAUUAGACUAUACAACGGUACACGCCGUAAACAAAAUCAAUCAAGAAGUAUCUGAGAAAGAAUGCCUAAGUUCUACUACUUCAUCCUACCUACUCUAUCUUCAUAUUAAUAAGGAACCAGUUAGACUUGGUUUUGAAGCAUCACAAGCUAUGCAACAGGUAGUUCAAUCUGAAACUCCCAAAACUGACGUAGAUCCAAAAGUGAUUGCACAAGUCACUUAUCCCAUGUCUGAAGAUAAAAAAACCAAAGAAUAG